AUGAGCGAAGACGAGUUGUUGCAAGCACUUCAGCGCAUGCCUGUUAUUACUCUAAAUGGUUAUGUGCGCCUGCUGUCAGCUAAAUACCGCGAUCGGCUUGUUACCGAACUGGUUGACUAUUUGGACGAUGAUGAGGAGCCAGGCAUAAUUUUGGAAUCAGUUGAUGCUGUGUGUUUGGAAGAGGCCCUUAAGAAGAAUUUUCCAAGUCGAAAAAUCCCCUCGCAAGCAAUCGAUUGGCUUAUUAAGGCUCACUGUGAUGUUGUUCUUGAUGAAAAUGGCACACAAAGAUAUAGAAUCAAUGAAAAGGCGGUAUGUCGCUCAAAAAUUUCCCAGCUUCUACGAAUGGCAACAUGUUUCGCGUACAGUACUUUUGAGAGAACUGUGCAACAGAUUUUACCAAUAGGCGUUGAGUUUCGGGAAGAAUAUCUGGAAGGACUUGCAUUCGUUGACAAUGCACUUGCGACCGGAAAAACUAUACGUUAUUUGAGUAUAGAUGAUCUGCCGGAAGAGCCAAUAAAGAGGUAA